ACAUCAUCCAGUCAUUUCUCUCACAUGCUCUGCUCCUUAAUGAUUUAAAAUGUAAAAUAUUUUUUUAUUCCAACCUAUAAGUUGAGGUAUCUGAGUUUUAUAUUUUUUUUUUCACUGGAUUAUCUCCAGAUCUUCUUUCCCAUCGGAAAGUAUUCUAGCACAAGCGAAAUUGAAUCUGUACACUUAUUGAGAGAGAAAUUGAGCUGUUUGUUUACUUUUCCCAUUUUGUUUGUUACCCUUUAAGGAUUACUUUUGAGUGGUGGCUCCAAGAUUGGAUCUUUUCAGUUGGGACUUCUUGAUUCAUCAUCCCAAGUUUUUUCUGGAACUUUUUAUUUAUUCACUAUUACAUUCUUUUCUGAAAGAUUUAGGUUUUUCUAACAAGUUAUUUGUAGCUUGAUUAAGACUGUAAUGGGUUGGCUACUGAUAUGAUUCUACAUAGGCUGAUUAGUUAUUUCUGACAAGUUAUUUCAUAAUCUUUCUGUUGUUUACUACUUUUCUUGCGUUGGUAUUCUAUCCUUUGACUUUGCCAUUGUUAAUGUGAUUUGUGGGUUAAUAUUGAAAUUUGGAUUAAGAUUGGCUACCAGAGUUGAUUUUCUUUUUCCUUUUGGUGUUUACAGUUGUUGCAAAGUAAGACGAUAACUGUUCUUUUUUAGGUUGGUUAGUUAGUGUUUUGGAUUUGAAGCAAAGAUUUAGGUGAUUUCUUGAAAAUAUUGAAAUUAUUUUUUCUAAUUCUGCUUUUUUUCCUAUAUAUAGUUGUUAAUGCUGAGCUAAGGGAAAUUGGGGUGGGGUUGGGGGUGGAGGAUAACAAGUAGCAGAAAUACUCAAGAUUUGACGCAAUCCUCAAACAUUUUUUAUGCUUUGUUCUGUUCAUGUAAGAUACAAUUGCAGAUGAACAUUGUUCGAAUAGUAUUAAAUUUUCGGUCAAUUUAAAAUUGACAACCAAGAUGGAAAAGAGGAAAUGGCCAUGGAAAAAGAAAUUGUCCGAGAAGAGUCCCGGAGAAAGCGAAAGCUCGGGAUCAUUUUCUUCGCAUUCUGAGAGAUACUCUGAUGAACAGGAAGUAUUGAGAGAACAACAACCUUUAAAUGACAAAUCAUCAUCCUCAGAAGUGACCUCUAAAGCUACAUCAUCAAUGGACGACGAAGUGAAUGAAACUGUCAAGAGCCUAACACAAAAGCUAUCUGCAGCUCUCGUUAACCUCAGCGUAAAAGAAGACUUAGUUAAGCAGCAUUCCAAAGUUGCUGAAGAAGCUGUGGCCGGUUGGGAGAAAGCGGAAAAUGAAGUGGCUGUACUAAAACAGCAGCUCGAGGCUGCAUUGCAGCAAAACAUGAACCUCGAAGUGCGUGCAAGCCAUCUUGAUGGGGCCCUCAAGGAAUGCGUACGCCAAUCGAGACAGUCGAAAAACGAGCAAGAAAAAAGAAUAUCCGAUGCCCUUCACGAAAAAAGCACUGAGUGGGAGUCCCACAAAACCGAGCUCGAGCAGCGAAUUCUCUCUCUAGAGAGAGAAAACACGUCCCUCAGACAAGAACUUGGGUCCUGUCUCAAGGAAUUAGAAAUCGUCACAAUCGAGAGGGAUUUAAGCACUCGAGCAGCUGAGUCGGCUAGUAAAUUGCAAUUGGAGAGCAUAAAAAAGAUCGCUAGGCUCGAGAGUGAGUGUCGAAAACUCCAAUCCAAUAUAUCUCGAAAAUCGCCCUCUCUUAGCAAUCACAUGUUCGAACAAAAUUGCUCGGAUUUCGACCCAGUGAAGAGCGAGAGGCACUCGCCCAAGAAUUUAGCUGUUGAAAUCGAUAUGAUGGAUGAUUUUCUUGAAAUGGAACGUCUUGUGGCCUUGCCCAAGCCCAAAAAAGACAAUCCAUUGAGGGGAGAGCUUGAGUUGAUGAGUAAACGAGUAGAUGAAUUGGAAAACGAGCUGAAAAGGGUAGAAAUGGAGAAGUUAGAACUUCAGAAUGCUUUGGAUGACAGUUUGGAUUGUUUGAAGGGUGCAGAGUGUAAAAUGAAGGAAGUUGAAAUAAAAUUGGAGGAGGUGGAAAAGGAGUUGAAGGCUGUGAAUGAGACGAAAGAGUUGCUAGAGUUUAAGCUUGUGGGUAUGGAAGCCGAGGCUAGGAAAUAUUCGACGAAUGUUGAGUCGUUAAGGGCCGAGGUUGAAGAGGAAAAGAAAUUAUCCAGAGAGUUAAGUGGCAAGUGUCGAGAAUUGGAGAGUGAACUAGCCAGGAGAAUCGAGGAGUUGGAGCUUGUGGAGAGUUUCAACUUGAAUGUUGAACCAAAAGUAAAGGAGGAGGAUAUAGCUGUAGCUGCUGAUAAGCUUGCCGAGUGCCAAAAGACAAUUGCGUCCUUAGGACGACAACUCGAGUCUCUUGCAACAUUGGAGGAUUUCUUGAUAGACACUUCAAAUAUAACCGGUUUCUCAAAGGCCCCAGACAAUGAAGGAGAUGCAUGGAGAUUAACAUCUAAAGAUUCUUUGUCAUUAACUAGUCGCGAUUUGGAUCAUCCAAGAAUGUCGAUGGGAAAUGAUGGUCAUGUUGCGAACCGAGACGAGGAUUUAUUACCAACUUCAUCUUCCAACAAUCAUAUUGUGGCUGCUAGAAAUGGUUUCGGGAAGUUUUUCUCUAGAAGUAGGAAUGUGAUUGAGCUUGGAAAUAGUCAAGAUUAGUUUUUUUUUUUUCUUCUCUUACUAUUUUUUUAGCUUUAUGGUAUAAAAAGGAAUAAUUUUAAGUUUGUGGGGGGAAUUGUUUUUUCGAAUUAUGUAUUAGUGUGUGGCUCUUCACACAUUGAAUUGUGCUGGUGUAGAAAGAUUUUUCAAGACAUUCAAACAAAAGAAGAAUUGCAAACUCAUGAGCAUUAUACUUUUCCCGCAUUCAGAUUACAAUUGAAUUUUUACAUUAGGGUGUUUUGUUUUA